AGAAGAUUCAGUUGUUGUUUGCAGCUAUUAACGCGCAGUUAUCGGUGAUCACAUUGAGAAUGAAACGAAUGACGAGAAUGACCCAAUUUCUGUGGCUUGCCGCAAUUGUUUUACUCUGCCUUACACAAAUGACCCAGGCGGUGACCACGCCCAAGCCCAAGGGGCUGGCACAGGCACCACAGGUGACCGCCACCACCACGACCAGCACCACCUCAAAGCCCAAGCCAAACCAGCAACCACCACAACAACCACAGCGCAAACAAGAUGCCAAAUGCCUGCAGCCACUGGAAACGGGACCCUGUCGAAUGAGCCUGGAGCGCUAUUACUACAAUAAGGAGACGAAUGCCUGCGAGACAUUCAAGUAUGGCGGCUGUAAAGGCAACGACAAUCGUUGGGGCUUUCGACAGACUUGCGAAGAGGCCUGUCUGGUCAAGAAGUAACUUAAGUUCAAUUAAUCCACAAUAUUUCCAUGGCCAUUCUCCAAAUAAUAGUAAAUAAAUUAUCUAUAUAAGCGUAUAAAUUCUCAAUAUACAGGAAUUAUAUUUGAUUAAACAAUUUGACUCAUAUCAAAUUUCCAGCUGAUCCAAUUUAUGGUAAUCUCGGAAAUAAAUGUUUUGAACAAAUAGUAAAUAUAAAUAGUACUAUAUAUAACCGAAUAAAUUAUAUGGCAUUUGGGCCAACAAAAAAACAGACAGUGAUGUUAUGUGUUGGAUCGAAAAUAAUUAAACUGAUGCUAUCAAGUAUAAAAAAUAAUGUUCCAAAACUUCUACUCACCGCUCAUCCUUUAUGCCUGUGCCACUUGAAAAA